AUAAAAAGGGCCCAAAAAAAUUUAAAAAAUCUAACCCUUCAAUUUCUUAUAAACCGGUUCAUUUCUUAAUACCACCUCUUUUCUCUCUUUCCCUUCCUCUUUAUUUUUUUUUCUUCCGUUUCAACCAACUAAAAAAGAGCCUUUUAUAUCAUGAAAUUCUCCCAUUCACUGCAAUUUAACGCAGUUCCUGAUUGGAUCGAUCAUUAUGUUGCUUAUGAUCACUUGAAGAAACUCAUCUUUCAAAUUGAGAAAGAAAAGGUGGAUGCUUUCAACAACUCAAGCGAUCCCGAGAAGAUGACAUCUCACGUCUCACAAGGUGAAGAUAAAUUCUUAUCUCAAUUAGAUAUGCAACUCGAAAAGGUGUUUGAUUUCUAUUCUCAAAAAGAAACUGAGCUUUACAGUCGACUUGAUGCUCUUGAUACUACUUUAUCGGAAUGUAUGCCCACUCAAAAUCUCUAUCAUGACAUGCAGGUGCACUAUCCCAACAUGAACACGCCAUUGUCUAAUUUGGAUUCCACUGUCAAUUUGCCUUCCACCAAUUCCAUCAAGGAAGUCAUUGUCACUAAAGAACAUCCUAAAGAAAAUCGUCGUAAAAUGUCAUUUGAAUCCCGUAUGUCAACACAAUCAAAUACUGAUCACCAAAACUUUGUUGAUCAACUCGUUGACCUCAGAUCUCAACUCAUCUCUCUCUAUGUCUCCUUGUCUGAACUUGAUUCAUAUGUUGAAUUGAAUCGCAUGGCUUUCGAAAAGAUCUUAAAGAAGCAUGACAAAGUCCUGGAUGGUGACUUGAGAUCUCAAUACUUGAAGAAAAUGGUGCUUGAUUCUAGACCUUUCAUGCCUCAAACUGCUGAAGCUCUUCGUGCUCAAAUUGAAAGAGUCGAACAUAUCUAUGCUGAUGCUUUCUGUAACAGCCAUGUCUCCUUAGCUGUCCGUCAAAUGAAGACCCACUUACGUGAUCAAAUUACCUAUGAUCGUAAUACUGUCUGGAAGGAUAUGGUCAGUCAAGAACGCAAGACUUUGGAUGCUCAUGUGAAGGAAAGCAAACCUCCCAAGAUGCGCAAGUUACCUUUCACCCAAUUGGAGAUUCGCGCUGAACUCAUGAAUACCCUCAUUGCUUUCUUCUCUUCUGUCAUCAUCUUUAUCAUCUUAUUAAAUGUUGAUAUCUUUGGUGAUCGUCAAGAAAAUUAUUGUUUCGCCUUGCUUAUUUUUGCUGCCGUAAUGUGGGCUACUGAAGCCAUCCCUCUUUAUGCAACUUCUCUCAUGAUCCCUUUCUUGGUUGUUCCUCUUGGUAUUUUACGUAAUGCCGAUGGUACACAAAUGGCUGCCAAAGCAGCUUCCAAAGCAGUUUUCCAAUCCAUGUUCAGUGGUACCAUUAUGAUGUUACUCGGUGGUUUCUCGCUUGCUGCUGCUUUGUCAAAGUACGGUAUUGCCAAGGCAUUUGCUUCUCAUGUAUUAUCUCGUGCCGGUACCCGUCCUCGUUGGGUUUUGUUAGCAAUUAUGUCCGUUGCUACCUUUUUAUGCAUGUGGAUCUCAAAUGUAGCUACUCCUGUUCUCUGUUUCUCAUUGAUCAAUCCUAUUUUACGUACGCUUCCUGAUGGCUCUGUUGUUGCUCCUUGUCUUUUACUUGGUAUUGCUUUGGCUAGUUGUAUUGGUGGUAUGACUUCUCCCAUCUCAUCUCCUCAAAACAUUGUCACCCUUCAAUACAUGAGCCCUAACCCUGGUUGGGGUAUCUGGUUUGGUGUCGCUCUUCCUAUUUCUAUCAUCAGUGUUAUCUGUUGUUGGGGUGCCCUCUUGCUUGUUUACAAGCCUGAUCGUGCUGUACCUCACUUGAACAAGAUUAAGCCUACCCGUGACAAGAUUACUUGGAGCCAAGUCUUUGUGAUGGCAGUGACUAUCUUGACCAUUGCUCUUUGGUGUGCCGAAUCUAGUAUUGAAGAACACAUUGGUGAUACUGGUAUCAUUGCUGCUAUCCCUCUUUUCGUUUUCUUUGGUACUGGUAUUCUCGGUAAAGAUGAUUUAAACGCUUUCCUUUGGUCUGUUGUCGUUUUGGCUCAAGGUGGUAUGGCUCUUGGUAACGCUGUCACCUCAUCUGGUUUAUUGCAAGAUAUUGCGCUCCAAAUCAAGGAUGGUGUUCAAGAUUUAGAACCUAUUGCGAUUCUUGCCAUUUUCUGUUUCCUUAUCUUGGUUUUCUCCACCUUUGUCUCUCAUACUGUUGCCGCUCUUAUUAUUGUACCCAUUGUUCAACAAGUUGGUCAGAACUUGCCUAUUCCUCAUCCUAACCUUUUAGUCAUGGGUGCUGGUUUAGCUUGUUCUGCUGGUAUGGGUCUUCCCGUUUCUGGUUACCCCAACAUGUCUGCUGUGAUGAUGGAAGAUCCAACUGGUAAACCUUAUUUGAAAACCAAGGAUUUCCUUAUUGUGGGUGUUCCCAUCAGUGUCAUUGUAACUUUACUCAUCUUUACCCUUGGUUAUGGUAUUAUGGUUGGUGUUGGUUAUUAAAUCAACAACGUCCUCCCUUUUUUUUCUUAUAUAAUAUCUACUGUACUAUAUUUUCACACAUCAUAUAAUUAAUAAUCUUUUACCCCCCCCCCCCCACAUUUUACACACACACAUCUGUAUAUAAAUAAAUUCUUUGUGUAAAACA